CUUCGUCCCAGAGUGGAAUUCUCAGUUAUGGCGAUUUUUAUAAGCUCUUAAUACAAAGUUUUGAUUCUUCCUCUUCAAGAUUCCUGCAUUGGCCUCCAUAAUCAGACUUUUGGUGUGCCAAAAUUGUUAUCACCGAACUUGUUCUACCGUUUGAAGACAAGCCCUCUUGUAGGCGUUUGUAAGAAAAGUUGGGAACUUUUAAUUUAUUGAAGAAUUAGAAAAAAAGAAGGAGAAAUGGACGGAGCUUCAUCUCCGGCCGAAGAGCAGGCGUUGGUCACUUCUUUUCUGGAAAUCGCCGCCGGUCAAAGCCCCGGUACUGCCCGUCAGUUUCUUCAGGUAUAGUGGCGAUAUUUGUGAUUUGGGGUUUUUAUCACCGAUCUGUAACUUCUGUUUUGAUCAAUCCAACCCCCACCUUUUUGUACUUUGUUUGAGAAAUUAUACCGUCUUGUGCUUAAAAUGUGGUUUUUUUCAUGACUGCUGUGUAAAAACCUAGCCUAUUGAUGAUAUGGAUGGUGAAAAAGUUCCGGGUCUAGAAUGUUCCGGGUAGGAAUGUGUGUAGCAUUUGUACACAUCUAGAAUGUUUUGCAUUUUCCUGGGAGGCUUUCCUGAAUUAUAUUCUAGCAAAGUCUCUUUUCUACUUUAGUUUAGGGUUCCGUGAAAAUGAAGGGCAGGUUUUGUAAGUGUUUGGGUAAUUUUACAUGAAAUUUACUCGAGAAUUCCUUCAUUUGCUUUUAUUUCCACGUUUCAGGGUUUCCCGAGGAUCUUGCGGUAGAUAUUGGAUUUAGGGGUUUGUGGUGUUAGUGAAAACUGUGUUUUAGUGUUUAUUUUGUGAAAACUGAAUUGGGGCAAUUAUAUAGUCCAGAAAUUAUCAAAUUUAAGCUUGUCAGAUGUGUAGUAGGUUUUAUAAUGUGGAGCUGAUGAGAAACACAGCAUAACUGAUGUAAGUGCUAGUCCCCUUUGUCCCAAAAUGAUUGUUGUCGCUCUUGUGCGCUGUUCAUCUGCUAACUAGUUACAUUCGCAUAGUGAUAUUAGACUUCACACCUUAAUGAAUUACCCAGACCAUUUAUCAGCAGCACUGGAGUCUACUAAUUCUCUCACAGUGGAAUUGUCCUUGGACCACUGUCCCUAACCUUCUGCUCGCAAUUUAAAUCUAUGUACAUGGUCUGUAGAAAUUGAAUUUAAAGUUUACUUGUAAAAAGAAACUUAGCUGUUAUGGUUGUUAGCUCUUGAGAUUCUUUAUGUCGAAGUGUACAGUUGAAUACUUUUCUGUCUCGAGGUUUUUUGUCGACUUCAAUUCUUGGAUCUAUGAAAUCUCCUUACAAAUUUCCAUGGGGUCAGGCCACAAAUUGGAACCUGGAGGAAGCUAUUCAGCUUUUUUACGUUGGAAAUGAUGCCGGAGCUGCAGUUGUAUCUUCACCACCUCGCCAGUUGCAAAGUGACAUUCCUUCACCCAAUCCAGUCUUCAGCGGGCCAGUAAAUGACAUAGAAGAUGAAAAUGCUCAGGGAGGUGACGUUUCUGAUGUCCGGCCUCCUUUACCUGUGAAAAGGGAUGUUCUCUAUGAUAAUGCAAUGUUUUAUGGGUAUGUUUUACAUUCCUUUAAUUUCCAUUUAACUUUAAGGAUAGCUUUAUUUUAGAAUUUUCUUGUAUGUACAUCAUUUUCAUACUCUCCAUGCUUUUUAAUCAACAAACCAGGUAUCUCGUGUUUUGUGGAUGAACAUGACUGUAAGAUAUGAUUUCUUUAGCUGACUAAAUAUUAAGCAUUGGUGAGAAAUUGAUUUAUCUUUCUUGUCUGUGGACUUCUCCAUAUUGAAGAUUCAAUUGGAGUUACCGAAAAAAAGUAAACUUUUUUGAACCGGCUGUUGACUGGUAUUUCAGCUAUCCUGGAACUUUAGCACUUCAACUAGCAAGAAAAUGUCAAAGUUGGCUGGAUUAGUUUGGCACUUGUGUUGAGUGUCUUUUGUUUCCCUUUCUUGGCUUCGAUUUAUUGAAGACUUAUGUUGAAUGAAGCAUUUUCUGUUUGUCUUUCCCCCACAUCCCUCUUUAAGUGGAUUGAGAAUGGGAGGUUCAUCUCAAGCAGCUCGUCCAGUGGUACCCUUCCGCAAUUUCGAGGAGGAAAUGAGACGCCCUGGUGUAUGGGAAGCAGAGAAUGGUUCUGCCCCUGUCAUUGACAGUUCUCGAGAUAAUCUUGCUUCUUUAUAUCGUCCUCCAUUUGGGUUGAUGUUCCACGGACCAUUUGAAAAGGCAAAAGAUACUGCAAACUCGCAGAACAAGUGGCUUUUGGUAAACUUGCAGUCCACGACAGAAUUUAGCUCCCACAUGCUUAAUCGUGAUACAUGGGCCAAUGAGACUGUUGCUCACACUAUCAAAAACAAUUUCAUCUUUUGGCAGGUGUAUGAUGAUACAGAAGAGGGGAGAAAGGUUUGUACCUAUUACAAACUAGAAUCUAUCCCUGUUGUUAUGCUUGUUGAUCCUGUCACUGGCCAAAAAAUGCGCUCUUGGCGUGGAAUGGUUCAACCAGAAACUUUGUUGGAGGAUCUUUUACCGUACAUGGAUGAUAGCCCAAAAGAUCAUUUCGCUAACAUGUCUCAUAAACGUCCCAGAGAGAGUUCUAAAGUCCCUCAGCGAGUUAAAGAUGAAAAUGAAGAUCAGGAAUUAUUACGGGCAUUGGCUGUUUCAAUGGAAGGUGUAGAAGAUGUUGGUAAUCAUGAUGAAAAGGAUGCUGACAUUGAUGAGAAAACAGAAAUAUGCCCAGCUAAGACGCCUACUUACCCAUCUCUUCCAGAAGAGCCAAAGCCUGACAGGAUUCGUGUUUGUAAGGUUGGUGUAAGGCUCCCUGAUGGGCGCAGAAUUCAGAGGAACUUUUUCCUCUCUGAUCCUAUCCAGUUGCUAUGGUCUUUCUGCUGUUCUGAGCUCGAAGAAGCAAAACAGCGUCCGUUUCGCUUGACUCAUGCUAUCCCAGGUUCCAGCAGGAGUCUGGAUUAUGAAGGGAAUUUAACUUUUGAGGAGAUGGGUCUUGCCAAUUCUAUGCUAUCGUUUACAUGGGAAUGAAGAUGAGCUUGUAGUAAUUUAUGGUUGAAGAUCAUGGUUGGGAAUUCCGUUUUCUAAUAGCUCUAUCUCAUCUUGGCCCUUUUGUCAUGCUAUAUUUUGUAUAGUCUUGUUACUGUUUUAAACUAAACAACAAACUGCUAUGAUGCGCUCCAAAUUUAUUUACGAUGAAUUUUGAGUUGCAGAUUAUGAAAUAGAUAAUUGGUUCUGACAUCGGAAUUGGUUUUCAGAUACUAUUAGCUGCUCUGACUGGUUAAUUUUAUUACAACAGUAAGCUUAAAAUCCUCGCAGGUAGCCGUUAACUUAAUAUAUUCAUUGUCUUAAAUUUGAAGCUUAUUGUGCUUUCACUAAAUUGCUCCCUGAGAUUGGGGGCGAUGACAAUCCUUUUUGGCCUCCCCAGAAAAGGUUUUGAGAUCAAAUGUAGAAACUCGCGAUGAUCGUUUUUGGGUAGACCAAAAAAGAUUAUGAAUGCGGUAUGUGCGUUUGGCCUUGAAGGAUGAUCGUUUUGCUUUCGAAAUCGAGCUAAGAUGUUAACAUUAGGCUAGGAUACUGUGUCAACUAGUAACUUUACAUGAAGCAUCCCACAUUUGGCUUGUUGGGAACGAUCAUGAAGCACGCAGUUUCCUCCUCCAAAAGAGAAUGAGACAGAAAAUGGAAAAGGUAAAAAAGAAGCAGCUUGGUGACAAAAACACGAGAAA